CGCAGAGAGGGGCGGGGCCUGGGCGAGGGGCGGGGCCAGGACGCCUGGGUUCCAUGCCCUGCUGUGUGACCUGGGGCUCUGUGGGGAAUGAGGCCCAGCAGGCGUGGGGUGCGGGCCCUGCCCUCGGGCUCGGGGCUGUGCCCGGGGUCACGCUGCCUUGGGCAGCAUUCCCAGCCGCCUGGCCGGGGCCGAAGAGACACGCUCAGGCCCUGAACCGUGGCUGUAGGCUAGGGCCUCGACACCCUGCUGGCCUCCCGUGGCUGGAGGAACCACACGGGCCUUUCCCCGUUUGUCCGCCCCACCUAAGCGUCUCUCCCGGGGACAAGCGUCACUCAGUAAUCUUCUUUGCCUUAAUAAAUCUAGGCUGGGCCAUCUGUGAGGAGAGCCAGCCCUGUCAGGCAGGAGCAGAAAUCCAGGCAGCACCAUUCUAGUGGCAGCCUCAAGACCUGUGGUCAGUGGCAGAAGAUGCUGGUGUCUCCCAUGGCAGAGAGGAAUAAGGAGCUGAUCCUGGAGGUACUGGCUGACUACGUGGAUAAUACAAGCCAAGCCUUUGGGCUGGAGCUGGCCUCUGGGACUGGGCAACAUGUGGUGCAUUUUGCCCAAGCCCUGCCUAAUGUCACCUGGCAGCCUUCAGAAAUCAGCCCGUCUGCCCAUGAGAGCAUCUCUGCCUACAUCAGAGCCACCAAGGUGCAGAACGUGAAGAAGCCACUGGCCAUUGACGUUUCUCAGCCCUGGGACCAGUGGGCAGGCUUGAGCCAGGGCUGCUGCAAUGUCAUCGUCAUCAUCAACCUGCUGCACUUCCUUGCCCAAGGCCUAGAGGGACUCUUCCAGGGUGUGGGCCAGCUGCUGAAGCCCGGGGGAGUUUGCCUCAUCUAUGGGCCCUUUGCCAUCAAUGGGAUCAUCAGCCCUGAGUGCAACGUGGAGCUGGAGGAGAAGCUCCAGGAGAGCUGGAAAUGCCAGAAUACACCAAAUGCCUGAUUUUUCGGAGGAGGGAGCUGGAGAUGGCGUAGGCCCAGCUGGGCUGCAGGAUGUCUGAGCAUGGCUGCCUGAAGCCAACGGGAUACGGACACCCAAGAAUAAAUGCUUUUAAAUUAA